AUGUCCAUGGAGGGGCGCAUAGGAUCCAACAUAUGGGAGGUGCACUGGCACCUGUACGACAACAUCCACACGAACGUGAUCCUCGAGUCGCACCUGUACAAUGUGUUCAAUCCCGAGCUGGUGAACAACAAGAAGAUGACGGCCGCGCAGGAGGUGGAGUACACGCACACCACCAUGCCCGCCAAGCUCAGGGACUACCAGCAGUUUGGGCGGCCAGUGCUGGUGGGAGAGUUCUCCAAUGCCAUGGCGCAUCCUGACGACAGCUACCAGGCGGCCUUCGGCAAGGCGCAGCUGCAGGCCUUUGCCACCGCACAGGCCGGAUGGUUCUUCUGGUUGCUCAAACAUAAUAUCUCGCUCGGUACGAUCUGGGGAAGGCAGGGGUUUAGGGGAAGAUGA